AUGAUUUUACCAAGUGUGAUCACCUUAGCUAUUGGUCUAUUUCUUGGCCACACUCCAUCUUUUACCUAUGCAAGCACUUUAGAAGCCAGACAGGGUCCAGUAGAUUUCCAGGCUCUGAAAUCUGCCCCCCUAGCUCGCCGAAAUCUACCAGGUUUGGACAUAAACUCCGACCUUGGAAGCGGAAGAAUACAACACGAGCAUGGCUCCCCCAAUAAUUUCCCUAACCCUCAUCGUGGAAGUUCUUCAUACGGUCAAGAUAGCUAUGAUCCUUCAAAGGGGGGAUAUGAUUCUGGAAAGGCAAUCUAUCCAUCGGGUAACAAUAACCAUGGUUUGGGUACAGGCAUCUUUGACUUGGGCACUGGAACCCAUCAUGCUCUUCAAGAAGGGACCUUGGAUUACGGGAACGGCGGCUACACUGGUUCGGACCCAGGAUUCGACAUCUCGCCCAAGCCAAAGACCUCGGGUAACGAUUCUGACAAGAAGAGUUACGAUUCGGAACCUAAAAAGGUGGACUCUAUUACCGAGCAUAAAGACUAUACCUCCCCGAGCAAAAGUUACGGCUCGGAUAAAGGAAGCACUGGUAGCUACCAGGAUCCCUACAGCACCUCAUCGGAAGAUUUCGGAAAGAAAUACGACUCGGAGGUAAAGGACCGAGGGGAAUAUGCACAGUCGCCGGGAAAGGACAACUCGAAAAGCACGAGCGGAACUGAUUAUUCCAAACAAGAUAACUCCAAGUACAACGGAGAAUACACAUCUCCUAACGGAAAGAAGAAGAGCGGAUAUGACGGAACGGCUAAAAAUCCUGAUCAGAGUGGCUCUUUCAUCUUCGAGCCCGGAACCACUGAAGAGCAACGCAAAGCCGCGCAGAAGGAAAGUGAUACGGAUGGCGCAUUAUGA